CGCGCGAGUCCUGAGGCGAGCGGCGAGACAAUUUGAAAUUUUCGAAAAAAUUAAUUUGUGUAGAAAUUAUUAAAAGUUUCGAGAUAAUUUUGGAAGUUCUUUUGUGGAAAAUUUCUCCUGAAUGGCGAGUUUAAAAGUGUUUAACAGAUUAUAUCCUAAACGAAACUUGUGCAAUGUUUUUCGUAGGAAUAUUUCCACUUUAAAGCGUCCAUUUCUGAGUUUCAACAGUCAUACUCCAUCUCUUCAAAACAAGACUGGCUUGCUUUCCUCAUGUCUCUCCUUCUCAAGAGUUUGUGGUUGUGGCAUGCAUAAUCAUAUAUCUGAAGGUAUAUUAAAAUAUUCGAAGUGACUAUAUGACCGGCAGCCGGUCACGGUUUAUAAAAUACUAAAUGGCCGGCAGUCUAGUGACUAUUGUUAAAGUUUAAUUUUUAUAAGAUAAACCUAUCCCCAACCCCAAACCCUUUUCUAACCCUAACCCCUAACCCCUAACCCUAACCUUUUGAGAGUUAGAAAAGUCCGGAAAAAAAGUUUAAAAAAUUUUAAGAAAAAACAAUGCUAAGUCAGACAAAACACAUCGCGACCCCGACUGCGCUUAACUUUCCGCACGCAGCGCCCUUGCCGUAUGAGCUAACGGCAAGCUCGGUAAAAGUAAACGCAAACAAAAGUUUUUAUAUUCAACUAUAGUCACUAGACUGCCGGCCAUUUAGUAUUUGAUAAAGCGUGACCGGCUGCCGGUCAUAUAGUCACUUCGUAAAAUAUUUCUUAAAGUUUAAAUACAUUUAAUAUUACAGUUCAAUCAUCAAUCAUAAACACGUGGUAAUAAUGCACCUAUCAAUUUACACCCGACCCCCCCCCCCACCCCGGGACAUAGUGGGGGAUUUGAUUUGACAUUGGUUCUAAAGUGUAUAAACCCCCCACCCUACCCGGGCAUGUUUGCCACAAAAAAAAAAACAACGCUGGAGGGGCAGGGCAGUCUGACAAAACUACCAUUUUUUUCAACUGAAAGUUCUGACAUAAAAGUGCACACUUCAUGCAAAUAUAAAUAUCAAUUACAAUUCUACUAUUUGUAAAUAACUAUUCUACUAUUUCUAUACUAUUUGUACUACGUAAUACUAUUUCUACUAUUCGUAAAUAACUAUUCAUGUAACUACGUUUAUACUGCUGUAAUUUCCUUCCUACUAUUGUAGUUUUCUUCCAACUACUGUAGUUUUCUUGUCACACACCCCCUGUGGAAAUCAGCUUCGGUUGACAGGGUUAGCGUGGGUAAAUAAAGUUUUUCUAUCUUCUAUCUACCCUAGCACUUUUUGGAAUGGUUUGUCGCCUUUGCUUACUAACCCAAUGUUUCUGUUCUAGGAGAUCAACAGCUAUUGGCAUUUUUAAAGGAAGAAUUAAAUUAUGAAAAUGAAACGAUGAAAAAUCUUGAAAAACCAAAACUGGAAAUUUUUAAUCAACCGGUACAAAUUAAUUAACCCUGUAAUGUGCAAUAUACCACUAUGUGCCAUGCUUUAGUAUUUACUCUGUCUAACUCCAGAUGAUUUUACUUGCAAGGGAGGAGUCUUGGACGUUAAUGGGUUAAAACAUUAAAAAAGGUUUGUCACAGAAGUUAACCUUUCAAGGGCCAGCAUUCCACCCAAAUCAUCUGGUGUUAGACCAACGGUUUUCAACUUGGGGGACAUGUCCCCGAGAGGGGACAUAUUUUGGCAAAUUCCUAGGGGACACAAACUGGUCUAGGACUGAGAAAACAAUAGUUGAAUACAAUAGUUUGUACUAUAAACAUGUUUGCUUGACUUUCUAUCUAUUAUUUAAAAUUUAAAUCAUUUACUAUUUUACUAACUAUUUCGAAAUUCAUGUUUUUGAUAGACUUCAGUGGGCAAUUUCUGUUCAGGGGACGUGGUAAUUCAAUCAUGUGAAAUCGGGGACACAUGAGAAAACCAGUUGAAAACCGUUGUGUUAGACAGAGUAAAGUAGCCAAAUAUGGCACAAUGCAACUGAAUGGGUUAAUGUAGUUUUGUCUUGACAGGAUGAUUUAAAAAACAUGAAAUUUCAAAUGAUGAGGUUGAUUAAUGGAGAGAGGUAUGCUUCAAGAUAUUUGCUACUAUAAUUUAUAGUAGAACUUUAACUAUACUUGUGCUGGAAAUCUGCAGCUAUACUGAAAUAGAAAUGUAGCAAGUGUUAAUUUUUUGAAUUAGGGUUGUUGUUUCAUUUGAUGUUGAUCAAAGUAUAAAUCACGAAGCAUUUGAAGAUGAGGAUGGCGGCGAUGAAGGAAAGGUGAUUAUGACAAGUUAUGUUUUACACUCACAAGAAUCACAUUUUGUUGCAAGUCUGCCAACAUGUUCCCAACAAGUUGUGUUUUACACACACAAGAAUCAAGUUGUGUUGACACUGCUUGUCCCAAGUUGUCAACAAGUUGGUUGUUCUAACAAGUCCAGUACAGUCAUGAUAUAACAAUAUUGUUAUACAACCUUGUGUCGUCAACCUUAUGAUCGGCAUUCCCCAAUACCAACUUCAGCGUCUUCAACGAGUUCUCAAUGCCGCUGCUAGAGUGACGUGUCUUAUACCAAGAUGUGCUCAUAUUACCCCUGUCCUGAUGCACCUUCACUGGCUGCCUGUCAAGUUUCGCGUUGAUUUUAAAAUUGCACUUCUGGUAUAUAAAGCCCUCCACGGGAUGGCGCCAGGCUACAUUAUGGAACUGUUGUUAGAAAAACCGAACUGCUGUUACCAACUGAGAUCUGAUGAUCAGGGACUACUUUUUAUCCCAAAAACUAGAGCCAAGACUCUUGGUGAUUGAGCAUUUGUGCAUGCAGCUCCGUCAAUUUGGAACAUGCUACCUUCUGGUAUUAGAAAUAGUAAAACAAUUGACUGUUUUAAAUCUCAAUUAAAGACUUUCCUUUUUAAGAAAGCUUUCGAUUCUAACUUUUAGAUUUAUAGACACCUAUACCUUAAUUCUUAAUAUUUUAGCUACUUGUAUAUAGUAUAACCUCAUUGUUGUAAAGCGCUUUGGAAUAUUUUAUAUAAUUUAAGCGCUGUAUAAAUUUAAAUAUAUUAUUAUUAUUAUUAUUAUGUAUAUAUCAUGAUUGUUGCAGAUUUGUUAGAACAACUUUGCAACAUGUCUGAUAGCAUCAAGCUUGUUACAAUUUGUUAAUAGCUUGUUCCAAACUUGUUACAACUAGGAACAAGCAGUACAAAGACAACUUGUUGACAGAUUGUGAGCAGAUUUUGUAACAACUUGUGUAAUCGGUUGCGUGAUCGUCAGAGCAAGCACCUAGCACUGCUGAUUUUGUGGUUUGAUUCUGGCUAUGGACUUGUGUGAAAACAGUCUGUAUUGCUCUGCCGAAAGUCGUGGGUUUUCUCCGGGUGCUCUGGUGUCCUUCCACAGGGAAAGUUGACAUGGUGGGUUAGGAUAAACACAGUUAAGAAAGUAAUAUCACAAUUGUUGUAAAGAUAAAAUAGUCUAGGCUAAAUCACUGAACUAUAUAACAUAUAGUUUUAUAGUUCAGUGAUUACAUAUGUAUAUAUGUAUAUAUAGUUCACUGGGCUAAAUAUAAUUAGGUAAGCGUAAUACUGGAUGUAAAGUGCAAUGCUAAUCUCAAUUGUAAAAGUUAAUCGUAAUUUUCUGUGUGUAGAUUGCUUUCAGCUGCUGUGUGUAAUUGAAUGUUUCUGUCAUUUUUAGAUCACAUCCUAUCCUUCCUUUUCUAUUCAAAUCAUCAAAGAUUCAGUAAGUAAUAAUAAUUAUUGUUCUUGCUUCCAUUGGUCUCUAUAUUUGUCUUCUUACAAUGACCAACCAAAACCAUUUUUUCAGUAAUAACAAAAAUUGAGUGUUUUAAAAUCAUAUUUUGAUUAAGAUGGUAAAAUUUAAUCUAAAGUCUGAGAUAAUUCAAUACUUUGUCCAGGGCCGUCCUCAGGAAAUUCUUCAGGGGGGGUGUAAUUCAAUUCAACCGACUGGUUCAAAAAAAUUUUUCCGGAACAAAAUUUUUUCGGCGACCUCCCCCCCCCGGAACAUUCAAAAAUUUUUCGCACAUAGCAAAUUUUCAACAUUUUUUAACAUUUUUCCAAAAUUUUUACAUUUUUCCUCAAAAUUUUCCUAAAAUUACCACCACGUUCUUGCCCUUUGCGCCAAAAAUAUUUAACCCAAGUAGCAGUUCUACCGACUGAAUAGCAGUCCUACCGACUGAAUAGCAGUCCUGCCGACUAAAUACAAUUACUGGGGGGGUGUCACACCCCCCCACACCCCCCCCGUAGCUCCGGGCCUGACUUUAUCUACCCGACGGUUGACCACAAAGAAGUAGCAGACCAUAGAAGAAGUAUAGAUCAAAUGACCGCACCUUGCAAUAUGCAACAAGUAAGAUUUGAAGCUUUUCUUUCCUCCAGGGUGAAACACUGCACUUCAACUGUGAAUACAAUAUUGAUGAGGAUGAAGACAGCCCUGAUGAGGAAGAUGAUGGAUUAUUUACAAUCACUGACGUCAGUUUAUUGCCACACCCUGAUGCUGAUCACACGGCCAUAUAUCAUUGCGAGACUGAGAAUAUGGAUUAUGUAAGUUCAUAUAAAUUAUAUACCUCUGUGAACAAACAUAGUCUAGUUUUGACCUCGCCAUAUAUCAUUGCGAGACUGAGAAUAUGGAUUAUGUAAGUUCAUAUAAAUUAUAUACCUCUGUGAACAAACAUAGUCUAGUUCUGAUCUCGCCAUAUAUUAUUGCGAGACUGAGAAUAUGGAUUAUGUCAGAACUAUUUAAAACACGAUCAGGAGUGCUUUAUCAGACAUAAAACACGAGAGCGCAGUUUGAGGGUUUCUACCUGAAAAAGCACAGACUGAGAGUGUUAUAGAUGGCCGGCUUAAAAGACGACCCAUCUGAGGAGUUCAUUGGCGAUGUAAUUUUAAAACUAAACCGAGAAAAUGAAAGCUAAGGUUUAUGUAAAUUUACAUGAUUUUUAUCCCAUACAAAACCACCGACACUGUAGUGAUUUCCUUUCUCUUUCACGCUAAUGAAAGUGAACGCUAAUGAAUGCGAACUAGCCUGCGAACAGGCUCUCAAGCUGAAUUGAGAGCUUGCAUCGAUGACUAAUGAAUUUGAAUAUCUGCCCCGUAGCGUUCGUUUUUCCAAAUAUGGAAUGUCUAUCUUUAUAUGGUGUUGUUUACAACUUUCGUGCAAACUAAAUUUAGACCGUGCAAACUAAAUUUAGACCGUACAGUUUAUACUGUUUUUCGAAAUAUAAGAUAUUCAAGCAAAAGUUCAAAUGUUUUAAACACUGUUUUCUCAAAACAGAACAUUUCGUGCUUUGAGAUAAGACGGCCAAGACCAAUUUGAUCAGUUAAUGUGUUUUUUAUGCAUAAUGCUUCAGCAGUUGACAUAUAUAGAGCUCAGCGGAAACAUAUAAAUUGUAGCAUCUGACCAAUGAGAAUUUCGCGUCACGAUUUGAGACGCAGAUAUUCAAAUUCAUUAGUCAUCGAUGCAGGCUCUCAAUUCAGCUUGAGAGCCUGUUCGCAGGCUAAAUGCGAACGCUAAUGAAAGUGAACGCUAAUGAAAGUGAACGCUAAUGAAAGUGAACGCUAAUGAAAGUGAACGCUAAUGAAAGUGAACGCUAAUGAAAGUGAACGCUAAUGAAUGCGAACGCUAAUGAAUGCGAACGCUAAUGAAUGCGAACGCUAAUGAAAGUGAACGCUAAUAGUUAACUUCUGAAAUACAAGGAACUUGAUUAUGGAAAAUGUUGUUUUAGAAUCUGUAUGAACUCUUGAAAGGAUUGCUGACAGAACGCGGCAUCAAUACUGAAUUCCUCACGGAUUUAUUGAAGAAAAGUACGAUACUUGAACAUCAACAUUAUGUCCAGUUUCUUGAAGGACUGCAAGAUUUUCUCACACAAAAAUGAAAGGUACUCGGGUUAUUUAUUCUCCAAGUGAUUAAUGAAGAUACAAUGUUGUUUCGCUGACAUCAGAGAGGUUCAGAUUUGAAUUCCACCACCACUCACUGGCAUCUAAUUGGUUAAUCAGAUAUCAGAUAUGCAUCUAAUUGGUUAAUCAGAUAUCAGAUAGGCAUGUAAUUUGUUAAUCAGAUAUCUCAAACUCAUCUGAUUGGUUCAUCACAUAUCAAACGCAUCCAGUUAUGGUAAGAGUAAUGGCAGUCAAAUCUGAACCUCUCUAUUUAAAGCGCCAGUGUCAGAAUGUUGGAAGAAUGUCGGGAUUACGUCAUCUAUCAAGUUAAAUGAGUGUGAACAAAGAGCUUUAUCACAAUUUGAAACGACGAACUUUUAUUAUUAAUAAAAACAUCAACUAUUUGACAACUUUAAAUAAAACCAAAAUAUUUUAAGGCACCCUUCAUCAGGAGAUAUUGAAAGCUGCGCUGUGUUUGAUAUUGUCGUGGUGUGUGUUUAUAUCUUGUCUUUUAUGCUCGACUAUAUACAUUGUUUAAAUAAUAUAAAUUAUUAAAUAUUUUAUUAAAUAUUUACCUAACACUAGGUUAAAUACCUUAACCCUUGCGUUUGGUUAAGGAAGCAUCUUUUAAAGAUCUUAAUGUCUCACAGUUGGUCGUGAUAAUUUUACAGGUUGCAUCGACCUUCGUUGUAUUUCAGGCGUCUUUUGUUGUUCCACGUUUUUGCUCGGGUUUUCCUAAACAAUAUAGGAUAU